UCAGAGCAAAGCGUGCCUUCACCACGUGACGAGCAGGAAAAACGCCAGGUCACGAACUCUGACCCGUUGGACUGCGUGCUUAUUUCUCCUGUCCAUUUUCACCCAUUUUCUGCAGCAGAGAGCACCUGAGCGGUGCUUCUGGCCAGGCAGGGUUGCAUGAGCGAUAAGUCCCCACCGGUGGAUCACACAUACUACCAGGUCACCAUGGACGCCGUGCAGGAAGCCGUAGCGAUGAGCGAGGGCCAGGCGGUGAGCGUGGAACAGCCCAUCGAGACGACGGUGGCCACGGCACACGAGACCGUCGCCAUGACAGAAACCGUGACGGUGUCGCCCGGCACGCCCAUGUCCACCUCCACGGCUACGGUCACCAUCACAGUCACCCCGCAACAGCUGAGUGCAGCAGGUGCACACCUGACCACCCCCACAACUCUGAUGGUAUCUCCCACAAGUACCCCCAUGGUGUCCUCCACUACGCUGAUGAUGACGCCAGGCGGAACCCCCAUAGGGACCCCCACGGCCGUCAUGAUGUCGCCGAACAACGUGCUGUUUACGCCACACGGCGCAGGCGACACCAAACCACAGGAGCUCUGUGUGGUGUGUGGGGACAAGGCAUCAGGGCGGCAUUAUGGCGCAAUAAGCUGCGAGGGCUGCAAGGGCUUCUUCAAGCGCAGCAUCCGUAAGAACCUGGGGUACGUGUGCCGCAGCAGCAAGGACUGCCCGAUCAACAAGCACCACCGGAACCGCUGCCAGUACUGCCGGCUGCAGAAGUGCCUGUCUGUGGGCAUGAGGUCCGAGUCGGUCCAGUGUGAAAGGAAGCCUCUUGAUCCAACAGCUCGCGAGCGACCGCCCAACUGUGCCACCUCCACCGAGAAAAUCUACAUACGCAAGGACCUGCGCAGCCCGCUGGCCGCCACGCCCACGUUCGUGACGGAGAGAGAACCCAAGUCGGGAGGGCUGUUCGACGCAGGCAUGCUCGCAAACAUACAGGAGGCACUGAAACAGCAAGGCGACAGCAAUGCACCCAUCCUGCUGGCGGUGGACCCUACCAAGUCGGACGGGAAGGAGGGGGACGGGAACACGGACCUGAGUACGCUGGCCAACGUGGUGACGACUCUGGCCAGCAUGAGUAAGAACAAGGAGGGGCAGGCGCAGCAGAAUGGCGGGGAGGGCGACGCGGCCAUCAGCAGCGACGGGACCGUCAUGGAGGUACAGACCUCCACCGACAUCUCCAAGGCCUUCGAUAACCUCACCAAGGCCCUCAACACGUCGCAAACAGGUGAACAGGGGAUCACGUCAGACAGCUCCCAGGCGAUGGAGGGGACGUCAGACCAGGACCAGACGACCGUGAUCGAGCUGGAGGGUCCCCUGCUCACGGACGCGCACACGGCCUUCAAGCUGACCACGCCGUCGCCCAUGCCCGAGUUUCUCAACGUCCACUACAUCUGCGAGUCGGCAUCCCGGCUGCUGUUCCUCACCAUGCACUGGGCGCGCUCCAUCCCAGCCUUCCAGGCACUCGGACAAGAGUGCCAUACAGGCCUUGUGCGGGUGUGCUGGAGUGAGCUGUUCACCCUGGGUCUGAGCCAGUGUUCAGCCGUCAUGUCCCUCCCAACCAUCCUCACCGCCAUCGUCAACCACCUGCAGUCCAGCGUGCAGGCAGACAAGUUGAGUGCAGACAGAGUGAAGGUGGUGAUGGAACACAUCUGGAAACUACAGGAAUUCAUCAACAAGAUGGCCGCCCUUACGGUCGACCCCACGGAAUACGCCUACAUGAAGGCCUUGGUUCUCUUCAGCACAGACCACCCUGGGCUGCUGAACCCUCGGCAGAUCGAGAAGUUCCAGGAGAAGGCCCACGAAGAGCUGAAGGAGUAUGAAGCUCAAGCACACCCUGAUGACACAGACAGGUUUGCGAAGCUCCUGUUGCGGCUACCGGCCCUGCGCCUGCUGUCCCCCUCCAUCAUGGAGGAGCUUUUCUUCGCUGGGCUGAUCGGCAACGUGCAGAUCGACAGCAUCAUUCCCUACAUCCUCCGCAUGGAGACAGCCGACUACAACAGUCAGAUUGGGGGAACCUCACAGUAGAGGGCCACUCACAGACCACACAUACAUAUAUACAGCACAAUGCGACAUGUUCUAUCCUAGCAUGAAAGUUCAGUGUUGGUACAAAUCAUUAUGAAAAAAAGACUAAGUUUUAAAUUCCAACACUUAGAUUACAGAAUUU